AAACUCAUCAUCAACAACCCCAAAACACACAGUAGAAAGAAUAGCUUCAAUGGCUUCACCAAAACCCUACUACCGGAGAUCAAACCCCCGGUACCUUUCCGGCGAUCAAACCACUCCUAUCGUAACCGACUCCAUCUUCGAGCUCGACGAAUCCGACAUCUGGAACGCCACCGCACCGUCACCGGACCUCCGAAAAACCCUUCCAACCCACCGGAUCUCCAUAAAACCCUCAUCUCCGGCGACGGUUAAGCGACCGGAGAUCGGAGGAACCGCGUCGUCGCUGCCGGUGAAUGUGCCAGACUGGUCGAAGAUCCUGAAGGAAGAUUUUCGUCGGAGACGAAACGACGUCGUUGAUGAUGAUGAGGAUGAUGAUGAAGAUUCCGGCGAGUUUGACGGCGGCGUUGGUUGCCGGAUUCCGCCGCAUGUGUUUUUGGCGCGAAACAGGAAUGCAUCGUUUUCUGUGCAUGAAGGGAUUGGGAGGACUUUGAAAGGAAGAGAUUUGAGUAGGGUUAGAAAUGCAAUUUGGGAGAAAAUUGGGUUUCAGGAUUAAUUUUUUUUUUUUUUUUUUUUUGAUAAUUAUUAAUUGAUCUUUUUUUUUUUUUUUUUUUUUUUAUAAAUUUAGGUUAGUGUUACUACGGACUACGGAGUAUAAAUUGCAUUUUGAGAGAGGUUUUGUUAUAAUCUUAAUUUACGAAUUAAUUGGAUAUGAUUUUGAUUUUCUUUUUAGUGGA